UUAAUAUUGAUAUUUUAAAAGAUCUGGUGCUUUUCAUUUGUUCUUUGAGUUUGGUGCUACCUUCGCCCACCUCACAACUAACAAAGCAGCUGCAGGUAAGAGCAGCAAGGAACAACCGAGGGAGACACGAGACACACAAAAUGAAGGCAGAAACAACAAGGCUGUGAGAAAUGUUGGUGCAUUGUGCGCUCCGCGAGAGGAGCGCGGCGCUGCUGCCGAGGGGAGAAUCGCUGCCACCGCCGCCGCCGCCAUCGCUAUGGAAGGGAAACCGAGCGACCAGCUGCUGUGCGACAGCCUCGUCCUCUGGUUACAGACAUUUAAUACUGCAGAAUCCUGCAAAGACGUUCAGGGCUUGACGAAUGGUGUUGCCAUGGCACAGGUACUUCAUGAAAUUGAUGCUGCCUGGUUUGAUGAAGCAUGGCUAAGUCGUAUUAAAGAAGAUGUUGGUGACAACUGGAGAAUAAAGGCCAGCAAUUUAAAGAAGGUUCUUCAAGGAAUUAUGGAUUAUUAUCACGAGUUUUUGGGUCAGCAGAUUUCAGAAGAUCUCCUUCCUGAUUUAAACCGGAUAUCUGAACAUUCCGAUCUGGUGGAGCUGGGCAGGUUACUGCAGCUUAUUUUAGGCUGUGCUGUCAAUUGUGAAAAGAAACAAGAACAUAUACAAGUUAUUAUGACACUAGAGGAGUCUGUCCAACAUGUUGUUAUGGCUGCUAUCCAAGAGUUAAUGAGCAAAGAAAUACUUGGCUUUGUUGCAAGCGAUUUACCUGGUGACCUGGAACAACAGCUGAAAAAAGCACUGGAAGAGCUUAAUGAAGUAUUAGCAGAAAAAGAAGAGCUGAAGCAGAGAUGUGAAGAACUAGACCUGCAGGUGGCUGCCCUUCAAGAGGAAAAGAGCAGUUUAAUGUCUGAAAAUGAGGUCAUGAAUGACAGAUUGGACCAGUUAGAUGGUUCUCUUGAUGAUACAAAUACUGCAGUUGCGAAAAAGUAUUUCCAUGCACAGUUGCAAGUGGAACAACUGCAAGAAGAAAACUUCAGACUUGAAGGUGCAAAAGAUGAUUAUCGUGUUCAUUGUGAGGAGCUUGAGAAACAAUUGGUUGAGCUUCAGCAUCGGAAUGAUGAACUGACCUGUCUGGCAGAAGAAUCUAGGGCCCUGAAAGAUGAAAUUGAUGUUCUUAGGACACUUGCAGAUAAGACAAACAAGCUGGAAUCAACGGUUGAGGUGUAUCGUAAAAAACUGGAGGACCUGAAUGACUUUCGCAGACAGGUGAAAUCUCUGCAAGAAACCAAUAUGAUGUAUAUGCACAAUACAGUUAGCCUAGAGGAAGAGCUGAAGAAAGCAAAUGCAGCCCGUGCACAGCUAGAAACGUAUAAAAGGCAGGUACAAGAACUUCAUAACAAACUCUCUGAAGAAUCCAAAAGAGCUGAUACCUUGGCAUUUGAACUGAAGCGACUGGAAGAAAAGCAUGAAGCAUUAAUAAAAGAGAAAGAGAGAUUGAUAGUACAGCGGGAUGCACUUAAAGAGACCAAUGAAGAGCUCAGGUGUUCACAAAUGCAACAGGAUCACCUGAACCAAGCAGAUGCAUCUGCUGUGAAAAGUCAUGAAAAUCUUGCUGCUGAAAUCCUGCCUGUAGAAUAUAGAGAAAUGUUUAUUCGGCUACAGCAUGAAAACAAGAUGCUCCACUUGCAACAAGAGGGGUCAGAAAAUGAACGAAUUGUGGAACUUCAGGAGAAGCUAGAACAAAAGCAUCGGGCAAUAAAUGAACUAGAAACAGAAAACAGGCUGAGCAAGGAGCGUGUUGGAGAGUUGCAGCAGCAGGUUGAGGACCUCCAGAAGACCUUGCAGGAGCAAGAGUCAAAGACAGAAGGUGAAGGGUCGAGCAAGCUGAAGCAGAAGAUAGCAGCACAUAUGGAAAAGUUGAGUGAAGUGCAUGAUGAAUUGCAGAAGAAGGAGGCUCUUCUUGCAGACCUCCAGCCAGAUCUAAACCAAAAUACACAAAGAAUAGAAGAACUAGAAGCAGCUUUGCACAAGAAGGAUGAAGAUAUGAAAUCAAUGGAAGAAAGAUACAAGAUGUACUUGGAAAAAGCAAGAAGUGUGAUAAAAACAUUAGACCCCAAAUUAAACCCAGCAUCUGCUGAAAUCAUGUUACUCAGAAAGCAGCUGACUGAGAAAGACAAAAGAAUUGAAGUACUUGAGGGAGAAUGUAAAUUGGCCAAGUUACAUGACCAUGAAGAAAAGUUAAUUGUGUCUGCAUGGUAUAACAAGAGCUUAGCAUUUCAUAAAUUGGGCAUGGAAUCCAGACUCUUAAGUGGGAGCACUGCGUACAAGGAUGCUGGUUCUGGCCUCGCUGGGCGCUCUUUCCUUGCACAGCAACGUCACGUCACCAACACCCGAAGGAAUCUCUCUGUUAAAGUACCUGCUGCAGCAUCAGAUUAAACCACAGAGGAUAUUCAUGCACUAAAGUGUCCUUAAAUUAUUUUGUAACUUCUGUUUUAAACUAUCUGACUAAGGAGGAUUUUGUGGUGCUGGGCAUCCGUUAUUUUACACAUGAGACUCGUUUGUUAUGCUGAGAAAUGUUUAUUUGGCCAUCUGAUUAUAUGAACAUCUAAUCUCAAAAAAUAGAUGUGAGGGUUUUGAGGUACAUGUUGAAGGUACUGUACAAGUCUAAAGGGUUUAAAUUUUGUCUUCAUAUUUGGUGCAUAUAAACACCAAAACUGGCACAAUAUUUAAAAUUCUAUUUAAUUUUUUUUUUGGCUAGGAUGAUUACUGAUUUUUAAUGGGAGUAUGUUUUUAUUAAUAGCAUGCUCCACAAAGAGGAGUAUAUUCCCCCUCUGCCGUCCUUUUGUUACUCCUAACAGUAACCAAACCAGAAAACCCAUAAUCUAUUUAUUGAACAUUUAUGAUAUGAGGGGCUUUUGCCUGUAACCAAAAUGAUUCACCGACUUCAAGACUUGACUUCUGAGGCUGCAGUCCUGUGCUUCAUGCACCAUGGAGAAAGUUACUUAACGGGAAGGGGGAUCCGUGUUGUAAUAACUACUUGAUCAAGGUUUAAUACAGGUGAAAUGAAGAUAUUUCCUUCUAUAGACAAUGGUUGGCCACAUCCAGAGCAGUGCUAACCUAACAGUGUGUCAUCUUGUUCUUCCCUUCUUCUCUGCAAUCCCCAGAGUUGCCUGAAAAGCUGUUGCCAAGGUUUGAGGGAUCUUCUGUAACCAUGUGGAAAGUGGCAUUUGGUGGCUACUGAGGGGAAUAGGGCUUGGGGAGUAACCGGGUGGAUACACCUUCCACAUGUGGAAGCUUGCUUGGGCAGUGUGUCCCCCCCCUCCUCUGAGGACUGCAGAAAGGAGAGGCUGAAGGAGAAAAUGGCUUGUGGUAACUUUCUCUUGCGCUGCUAGCACCAUUCUUGAUGCUGUCUGACAAAUUCACCAAAGCUAAAAUAUCUGUAUAUUUUGAAGUCAAUUGAUGUAUGUUCAUUUUAAAAAAAGUUGAGUCUUUUUAUCCAUAAGGCUUUUGCAGCAUUUUAAAAUGUUGUAGAACUAAUUCUUGCUCAGAUCUGCAUGUUAUUUAGAACAUAGCUUUUGACUAUUCCACAAUUCUGUUUUAGUUACUGUGAUCUCAGUGGUGUGGCAGGCUGGGAAGGGGGAGGCUUUCCUUGCCAUGUAAUAAUUCUGCUCAUACAGAAAUGUUCUAUUGUAAUAUAGUGAGGGGAAGAUUCAGCACACAUGCUGAUCUGAGGGCUGAGGGUAAACGUAAUUGUGGUGGUGCACCUGGCCCCAGGAUUCUCUUUUGAUGUGGACAGGGACAGGAUCAUGUCUUAUGCUAAUAACAUGAUGACAUGAAAGUAUGAAAAAUAGUACAGCUAGAUUGUCAUAUCAUGGAAGAAAUGUAUGAAUAAGUGCUUACAGCAGAUAGUCACCCAUUUGUUUUUGCAUACUUUUCCCAGACUAACAGCUUCGUACAUUAGACUGGAAUAAGUAACCUAGGAGCAAGAACCCCCUACUGUUGAUUUAAAAGCUGUAUAAAAUGCUUCUUAAUUUUGAUAUAAAAUAUUGCUGUUGACAUUUUUGAUAUAAUUCAUAUCACAAUAGUUUAGAGAUCAAAACCAGCAGGGGAGAUCAUCACAAUUGUUUGUGCAUUCUGUCUGCUUUCUGCAACAGAUGGAGUAGGCUGUUGCCUAUGGAAGUUUAAUGCACAAAUUAACUAGUUUAUCUCUAAGGUUCAACUGCACUUUUAAAAAAAUAAAUCAAGGCACAAUAUGGGGCAGCCUGAAACGGUAAUCCCAGGCACAACAAGCAUGUGUGGGUGCAUGUUCUCAGGGUAGAAUGCAUGUUUGAUUUGAAGGUGGACUUACUAUUUAAAAAGAAAUGUGAGCAUCCAAAAUAAUUUGAAUGGGCCAGUGUGUGUGUGUGUGUGCGUAUUUGUAACUGAAAUGUAAUGCAACCAUGAUUUUUAUCUUCCAAUCAAAUGAGGUCUGUAAUUUUACGUUGAGUUUCUUUUUUUGGCUGGGCACAGAAUACUAACAUAAUCUGGAACUAAAGUUCAGAAUAUACAAUGUUUGUAUUUUAUUCAUUCUGGCCUCAAAUAUGUGGUGUUGUAACUGCAGUAUUACAUGCUUCUGUUUAGCAUUUAAUUCAAUUCUAAAUUUUAUAUUUAAUGUUAAAUAUUUAGGUAACAAAUCACCUACCACAUUUAAUACCAGCAGUUAAAUUGUUUAAGUGUGCUACUGUCAGAGCCUUCACAGUCUUUCAAGUUCUGGUUUUAAAGUUUCCAUGUUUCUGAUCUCUACCAGUAUGAUCUCUUGGGUUUGAGGUCAUACUGUUUGCUGAACUUGCUGGUUUGUGUUUUUGUUAGUUCUUUGCUUGGUCUGAACUGAUAAGAAGAAAUGUCUAAUAAUGCAGAUGUUGUAGCAUGAUGCUUAGUGGGUGGGUUUUUUUGGGGAUGCUUAGUGUUUUGAUACUCUAGUAUAUUCUUGUAACCAAGUAUCGCGCUAACUUCAAUGAGUAGCUAUUGUCUCCAUAAAUGAGGUUUCACAAGCACAGUAGACUUCUUCAGUGGCUUUAAUUGAUUGUGCUUUCUGUCUAAUUUAUCCUACAAAUUUUGGAAUGUCAACACCAAAGCCCCAAUCUGACUAAAGUUUAGUUGUAAUUAAGUCCUUUUGAAAGGAAUAGGACUUAAAUUAGUAAUGACCAACCUCCGCUUGUUGAAAAAGUGGGAUACAAAUAUUGACUUACGUGUUGAGCAGUAUUACAGAGCUGUAACAAUGCUCACCAGGGUUGCUGUGUACUUUUAAGGCAGCCCCAGUGCUGUUUUGAAGCACUGAUUGUACAAGCAGGGCUACUGUAGGUUUCCCUAUGGAUGAUAAUGAGGAAAACUAUGAAAGCACUACUUGCAGAACCACUGCUUUGAACAAUGGGAGGAGAGCUGGUUUUGUGGUAGCAAGCAUGAAUUGUCCCCUUUGCUAAGCAGGUUCUGCCCUAGUUGCAUUUGAAUGGGCGACUACACACUGUAUGUGAGCACUGUAAGAUAUUCCCCUUAGGGAAUAGGGCCGCUCUGGGAAGAGCAGAAGGUUCCAAGUUCCCUCCCUGGCAUCUUAAAGAUAGGGCUGCCUGCAACCCUGGAGAAGCUGCUGCCAGUCUGGGUAGACAAUACUGACCUAGAUGGACAAAAGGUCUGACUCGGUACAUGGCAACUCCCUAUGUUCCUAACACCCUGCAACACUGUGCAUCAUGUAAGCCAUUUUGAAUAAAUAAAUGUUAACGUCAAUGGCCUUUGGCCAAAAGCAAUAAAGAUUUGACUCAACUAAAUAAAGACUUAGGCUGCCAUCCUCUGCACAUUUACUUGGGAAUAAGCCCCAUUGAGCACAAUAGGACUUGCUUUUGAGUAAAUAUGCAAAGGAUUGCAAUCUGAGUCUUGGCUAACUUGAGCUGCACAGACCAGUAGUUAGGUACUGGCAGAUUCAACUCUCCUGGGUAAAUAUCUGGAUAUUGCUUACCUCCAAACCAAAGGGUUGGAAAACAUAUGGCAUUAAAAUCAUUAGUUUAAAUGUCAUAGUAGUUUGGCAUUGCUCCAUUUGAUUCCAGAAAAGAAUAGGCACAAAAUAGAACCUGGUGAAAAUUUUCCAUUUAACUUUAGAAAGCUUUUACCAAAAUAAUAGCCAUGCCUAGUUUGGCCAGAAUUUGUUUAAAACAUUGUCAUUUUCCUUACUUUAUAGUUCAUUCUUUUAGAAUACUGCACUCCACAAGGAUUACUCUAAAACGAGAGAGAGAGUAUUGGCCCUGUAGGAGGUCUAUGCUCUUACCUUCCUCCUCUCUUUGAAGGUAAUCCUGCACACAGACUGGCCAGACUGUGCAUGAACGACCACAGCUCUUAGAUGGGUCGAUUUAGCCUACACAAAUGUGUGUGUGUUUUUGAUUGAAUUGAAUGUCUUAGGUGUGUCCUAGUGUCUCAUUCUUUAUUGUGAAUCAUUGCUCAUAAUAAAAACUUAAGCUGAUGGGCAGAGCAUUUUUAUGCAGUAACAUUUGGCCACUGAAGUUACUUGAUGUGACCGUAGUUUUGUUUUAAUCUUGAACUACCUCCUGUGAGUAGUAAUAAUCAAAUAUUUUGAUCACCAGCAAUUGAAUUCAGAGUUUUACCCCUCCCUUUGCUAUUAAGUUGAUAGAGAAAGUAAUAAAGCUAAGAUGAACUGGAAUUCCUUUCUAAAUUUUCUGAAAACGUGAUUUUAAAAAUAUAGUUAAUAGUUUAGCUAUGAAUGAGUCUGUAUGUAAUUUAUUUUCAGUUUUCCACUUAAUGUGGAAUUGUGUUUAAUGUAGGCAUAAUGCAGAGAACAACUGACAUACCCUGCAGCAUCCUGGAAGAGGGUUGCAUGUGUGUGGCUUCCAUCCAGCCAAGAGCUGUCCUUGCUGGCAGAAGAGGUGGGGGAGGCUCUGUGCACACUUAACUGUGCACAAUCGCUGCUCUACCACUAGUGCCUUUGAGAAUAAUGGCACUAGCAGUGGAGCGGUGAUUAUGCACAGCUGAAUGUGUGCUGCCAUUGAGGACAGGUUCUUGGCUGGUUCGCAAACCACACAUGCGCAUCCACCUUGAAUGUGUGACACAUUGUCAGCCAACUAAUCUAUCUGUGUAAACCCUAUAAACUAUUGUGUGCAAGUGGUAUCAAGGUGGGUGCACGUACUUCCCCUUUCCAAUAAUAUUUGUAUCACAUAAAAAUCGUAUUGAUUUAAGAAAAGAGGCAGAUGCACUUGUUAAAUGUGUCCUCCCCAAUUUUAAAAAGCUGAAAGUAGCCCCUGCUCCUUUUUUUAUAACUCUUCAAGAGCUGUGUUUCAUUGAUGAUAAAUGCCCACCAGAAGUGGAGCACAACUUACAAGCAUUGCUCCAACAAGCCUUAUAGUAAUAUUUUAGUGGGUUUUGGCUAGAUUAGUGCUUGGUGAGUUGCACAGAGGCUUGGUAAUCAUUGGCAAAACCCACCAAGAACUUCUGCCAUGCAAACAUCCAUUCUCUUCAGUGGAGACGAUGUGAAAACCCAAGUUGUGUAUAGCAGACUGUUUUCUUUAGUAGUGGUUUUGAUUAGAUAAGCUCUUAUGAACUGACACCAUGGUUAAUUAUGAAAAAUGUGAUUUGCUUAUUUUAAAGUCAUGACCUUUCUUGUGUUUGCUUUAGAUUUCUGUGUUAUCCAACUAAAGACUUGGAAUUAAUGAAAUGUCCCAACAUUAACACUACUUUUGUGAAUAUGAAAUAAGUAAAAGUGUUCUGUUUUUCUGCGAUAACCAUUUACUUGGGACCACACAAUUGUGAGCAAUACUAAUAUUUUCCUUUAGUAAGGAUAAGCAGUAGGUCUGAUUUAUUUUUUUCCAAUUAGAUGUUGGGAGUCUAAUCUUUGUAAAGUGUACAUGUCUAUGUUUGUACAAAGCAAAUAGAUUACUGAGAAAUGGAGAAAAGAAUUUGCACUAAUUUGUAUACAUGGUUUUACGCUCUUUGAGAAAUAUUCUUUUAUAUUCACAUAAAAACUUUUGACAUCCGUU